AUGGUAAACCUUAAUACUGUGCGACCAAAAAAUGGGAGAGACUAUUACAUAGCUUUGGGGUUGGAAGGCUCGGCCAACAAACUGGGCGUAGGUGUAUUGAAGCAUCCCCUUUUACCACAACAUGAAGAUGGGGACCUCUCGUUCAAUUGCCACGCAGAAAUCCUAGCCAAUGUAAGAGAUACGUAUAUCACUCCACCUGGUGAAGGGUUUCUACCUCGUGAUACGGCUAGACAUCACAAGAACUGGUGUAUUAGACUUAUAAAACAAGCUUUAAAAGAGGCUUCUAUUGUUAAUCCCUCGCUAGAUAUCGAUGUUAUUUGCUUUACUAAAGGUCCAGGAAUGGGUGCUCCAUUGCAUUCUGUGGCCAUUGCGGCCAGAACCUGUUCACUGCUGUGGGAAGUCCCGUUAAUUGGUGUUAACCAUUGUGUUGGACACAUAGAAAUGGGUCGCGAGAUAACAAAAGCUGUCAAUCCAGUUGUACUAUAUGUGAGUGGUGGGAACACACAGGUUAUUGCAUACUCGGAAAAAAGAUAUAGAAUAUUUGGGGAGACAUUAGAUAUAGCUAUCGGUAACUGUCUCGACAGAUUUGCAAGAACGUUAAGAAUUCCAAAUGCACCAUCACCAGGAUACAAUAUCGAGCAAUUAGCAAAGAGAUGUGCCAAUAAAGAGACUCUCCUAGAGCUACCGUAUACCGUGAAGGGAAUGGACUUGUCUAUGAGCGGCAUUCUAGCUUAUAUCGAUUCGUUAGCCAAAGAUCUCUUCAGAGGAAAUAAGAAAAAUAAGACAUUGUUCGACCCAAAGACUGGGGAACAAAAAGUUACCGUGGAAGAUCUCUGUUAUUCUUUGCAAGAGAAUUUAUUUGCCAUGUUGGUGGAGAUAACAGAACGAGCAAUGGCCCAUGUGAACUCGAAUCAAGUGCUUAUAGUCGGUGGGGUUGGUUGUAACGUCCGACUACAAGAAAUGAUGCAAAUGAUGUGCGAGGAUAGAGCCAAUGGACAAGUGCAUGCGACAGACGAAAGGUUCUGUAUCGACAACGGUGUUAUGAUAGCACAAGCUGGACUUUUGCAGUACAGGAUGGGAGAUGUGGUAAAAGAUCUCAAGGAAACAGUUGUUACACAAAAAUUCAGGACCGAUGAGGUCUAUGUCGCUUGGCGUGAAUGA